AUGCAUGUCUCAGCAGGUCUCUGCCAUGGAGCCGGUUUCGUCACUGUUGACGUCCUUCACGGGAUAACAGGAGGGAGCGUGACCUUCACAACAUCUGUCAAACCGAGCGCUGAGACGUUCCUGGCACUGACCUGGGGCUUCAACGGCACCACCAAUGUGAUCACUUCCACCACUGCGGAAGUCGUGGGACAAGGCUACGAGAACCGGGUUGAAGUAGAUAAAUCCACUGGAUCUCUGGUGCUGAGACAUCUGACAGAGAAAGACAGCGGAGAAUACGAGUUGAUGAUCAUCCCAAAUGGAGGAGAGCAGAUUCAAGGAACUGCCAAGCUGGAAGUAUUGAAUGGACCUGACAGACCGAUAAUCGAUCAGACGCCAAUCGAAGCAGAGAUGGAGGAGAGGGUCACUCUGAGGUGCUCUGCUGACUCGCUGCCAAGGGCGACUUACUACUGGAGAUUCAAACACAUGCUGAUAUACGGGCCUGUGCACUUCAUCCACGAGAUGGAAGAGAGACACCUGGGGAAGUAUACCUGCACCGCCCAAAACUCUGUCACUGGUCUGGAGACCUCUGAGGUCCACAAACUGCAUGGUACUUGA